AUGAAUUUUGUUGCAGAUCCAUUCGAUCCAAACACAGUCCAACUUCAAGAUCCAUAUAAAACGCCAUCUCCAACACCAAAUACACCUGCGCUGAGCUCCCAAAUAGAACCAACACCUGAUCCAAAUGAACCAAGUGAAUCCGAUGAUUCUAAGUCAGAUUCAGGUAAGAAAGGACUCUCAACCAAGAUGUGGAUCAUCAUUGGUGCAUCGGUUGGGGCUGUUAUUCUGAUAAUCCUUAUUGUAACCAUUAUUGUGUGCAAGGUCAAAGGUAGUAAAGAGACGUCCAGUGAUCAUGAUCAAGAUUUAUUUGUUUGA